AUGAGAUUCCUAAGACUUAUGAUUAAAUAAGUAACUAUUUAAGGUCCUUUUUUUUAUUAUAUAGAAACUAUUUAAGGUCUUAACCCUCAAAACCAAAAUAUUCACAAAAUCUCAGGUCUCCGAUUCUUUUGAAGCUGAGAUUACUUGCCGUAUAUGUCAAAGCAUGUGGCCUCCCAUGAACAAAACUAUCAGCUCAUGUGUUCCAAAUUCUGUGGCAAGCCUGGAAAGUAUUAUUUUCAGAACCUUCAACUAAAUUUGGCAUCAAUCAAGCACAUUUUGGGUGCCUCAGAUGGACCAGAUUGCUGAAUUCAAAUUGUAUGUCAUUCCACCGAGACUACUACUCUUGUGGCCACGCACUUAGUUUAAAUCAACUUACCAUAUCGUAAGAUUGAGAGUUACUGUGUGCAAAAAAGAAAAGCAUACUCUAUAUCAUUAAAUCAAUAUCCAAUUAAUUAAGGUGCUCAAAAUAUGUACUUACCGUGAAUCCAGCUUGAGAUCCAGUUGGUAUUUUUUGUGGGUGAGAGCUAAAAUCCAUUUGACAGUUUCAACUCCGGUACACAGAGACAAAAGGCCGAGUAUUCCCCCCACUCUGCAGUCUGAACAGUCGUCCUGCACCGGUAGCUUUCUCUAACUUUUUAUUUUUAAAUUUGAUGAAUAAAACUAAAAGAGAGAUAGAUAUAGAGACAGAGAGACAGAGAGGAGGGAGAGGCAGAGGGUCGUAAAGAAGCAUCUAAAGAAUGCAAGUGCCCCAUACGAACCCCUUCAAUGUUUGGACCUUUUUACCACUUUGAAGAAAUCGGAUUCCACUCUCAAUAAUGUAAAUUUUUUAUUGUUUAAUUAUUAUUGUAGUUUACGUCGGAAGAAGAAUCCUCUUGUGAUCAAAUUUAUUUUGAACUACCUGAAGAAAGAGACUGAGUCAUAGAUGGUUACGUAUGUGAAAGAAGGUUGUUUCUUGUGGAGGUGAUUUCAUGGAUGAUGAGAGGUAUUGUCUUGUUUAAAGUAGAUCACAAUUGGAAGUAUAUGAUCUCUGCAAACCGAGCAGAAUAGAGUCUUUUUGGUUGGAUUUCGAGGAAAGAUAGAUAUGGAUGACGGUGUACUUUGUCCUGGUACCAUGUUGGGUGCUCAAUUUGAUUCUGAUAUGGACUUUGACUACAUGGAUGAACUACUGUUAGAAGGAUGCUGGUUGGAGACAACAGGUGGAUCUGACUUCCUUCUUCCUAGCCCCUCCAAUGAUGCUGCCUUCUUUGAUACUUCAUUUGUAUGGCCUGGUUUAGAGGCUAACACUUGUGAUCUAAGCUCAAGCCCAUCCCAUAAGAGAAAUGAAGAAGGAAGGCAAAAAUCAUCAUUGCUUGGGAAUUUUCCUAUGAACGAACCGCAAGACGGUUGUCCUAAUUCUCAAUCGCUUGGACAAAACGUGGUUAAUCCUACUGUUACUGAAUGCUAUAGCCAGUCAUGAAAUACAGUUGGUGGUUCUGAGCUAUGCAGAAGGUGGUGGAUUGGACCAAAACCAAAUCCAGGUCGUGGAUUUUCUGUAACAGAGAGAUUGAUGGAGGCGAUUGGUUGUAUAAAAGACUUGACGAGAGACAAGGAUGUUCUUGUACAGAUAUGGGUUCCUGUGAACCAAGGAGGGAGACGUGUUUUAACUACCCAUGACCAACCUUUCUCACUUGAUCCAAGCUCUCGCAGGCUGGUGAAUUAUCGAGACAUUUCUAUACAGUAUCAGUUUUCAGCUGAGAAAAAUUCCAGUGAUGUUGUUGGAUUGCCUGGUCGUGUAUUCUUGGGAAAGAUUCCAGAAUGGACUCCUGAUGUUCAGCUCUUUAGAAGUGAUGAAUAUGCACGAGUUCGUCAUGCUCAAGAGUACGAUGUUCAUGGAAGUCUUGCUGUGCCUGUCUUUGAACAAGGUAGUACUGCUUGCUUGGGUGUUCUUGAGGUUGUAACAACUUCCCAGAAGACCAAGUAUCAUCCUGAGAUUGAAAGCGUCUGUAAAGCACUUGAGGCUGUUGAUCUUAGGAGUUCCGAAGUUCCAAGCGUCCAGAAUGUCAUGGAAAGUGACAAGUCCUACCAAGUUGCACUGCCAGAGAUUCUGAAGCUUUUGAAAUCUGCAUGUGAUACGCAUAGAUUACCUUUAGCUCAAACUUGGGUCUCAUGCAUCCAACAAGGGAAAACAGGAUGCCGGCAUUCUGAUGAAAACUACUUCCAGUGUGUUUCCAUCAUUGAUCAUGCCAGUUAUGUUGCUGAUCCAAACUUCAAGGCCUUUCACGAGGCUUGCUCUGAGCAUCACUUGUUAAAAGGUCAAGGUGUUGCUGGUCAAGCAUUCUUGACUAACGAACCUUGCUUCUCAAGCGAUGUAGCUUCUUUUGCAAAAACCGAGUACCCUCUUUCUCACCAUGCAAGGAUGUUUGAGCUACGGGCAGCUGCUGCAAUACGUCUUCGUAGCAUCUACACUAGUAAAACUAACUUUGUCCUAGAGUUCUUUCUCCCUGUGAAUUGUCGGGAACCUGAAGAACAGCGCAAGAUGCUUCAUUCACUGUCCACCAUUGUACAAUGGGCUUCCCAGAGCUUACGAGUUGUAUCAGAUAAAGAACUACAGGAAGAAAUUGAGCUGCCAGUUAUUGAAGAAGUACUCCGUUCGGAUGAUGGGGAGAAGAUGUUGAAUCUCAAACACUCUCUUUCAGAAAUGUUUCCUCCAGAAAAUUUGUCCCGGAAGGGCUCUCUUACUGAGGUCCAACAAAACAGUACAGUUGUCUCAUUAUCUCAGGAUGGAAAAGAAAAGGGCAUGAUAGAAGAAAAACCCUCAGAUCGCAGGCAUGGUCUAAGAGAUUCUAACCUAAAUGGAAGUGUUGAGUAUGGUGGAGAUUCUACUUUUGGUGAGCGUAGCUUCUCAAGUGAAUGUAUGGAUAAAGCAGAAGGCAGAAAACAUACUAAGGCUGAGACAACAAUCACCUUGCAAGUUCUUCGGCAAUAUUUUGCUGGUAGUCUAAAAGACGCUGCAAAGAGUCUUGGUGUUUGCCCCACAACCUUAAAACGGAUAUAUAGGCAACAUGGGAUAAACCGUUGGCCCUCAAGAAAACUCAAGAAGGUUGAUCAAUCGUUGAAGAAAAUCCAACUUGUAAUUGACUCUGUUCAAGGUGCCUCUGGUGCUUUUCACAUUGGUUCAUUCUAUACAAACUUCCCUGAGUUUGCUUCUUCAAAGCAAUUGGAAACCAACACCCUUUCAACUGAAAAGCCAAUCGAUGAUCCAACACCAUCAAGCUUGAUGCCCAAGGGAGGUGUCUUCAGCUCGCAAACCACUGCAACAAAGUCUCCUUCCUCCUCAUGUGGUCAGAGCUCCUGUUCCAGCCACUCUCGUUCUAGUGGGACAAGCCAACAUCCUUCUGCAAGUAUCAAUGCUGGUAAUGAGGAGCCAAUGGCUGGAGAAAACUCUGGUGAUGCUGUCCUAAAGAGGGUCAGAAGCAAUGCAGAGCUGCUUGCCUCAAGUAAAAAAGAGCUGCAGCAACUAAGCAGAUCCCAGAGCCAUAAAUCUCUCAAGGAGCAAGUUGCUAUGGGGAGUUUUCCACUGUCCGCCAAGAAUGUUGACCAGGUAUUACAACAGAUGAAUUCUCAAGAAGUGAAAGUCUCAUAUGGAAAUGAGAAAAUCCGGUUCGGGAUGCCUAAUAAUUGGGGACUUGCAGAUUUAUUGCCAGAAAUCACACGAAGGUUUAGUAUAGAUGACAUAAGCAGGUUUGAUCUUAAGUAUUUUGAUGAUGACUCUGAGUGGGUGUUAUUGACAUGUGAUGCUGAUUUGGAGGAGUGCAUGGAUGUAUGUCAAUCGUCACAGAGCCACCCAAUCAAACUUUCCCUUCAAGUUUCUCAUCAUUUCCUGGAAAAAUCUGUGGUUAACUCUGGCCCUUCAUGAUCGUAAGUUGCUCUUAGGUCAUUUGCAAUGAUAUCAAGGUCUUCAUAUUAGAAGCUGAUACAUGGUGACUUGGUUAGCAUAUAUAUUCCUGAUUACUGUAAAUAGAGACUCAUGUACAAAUGGUUUGGAAUAGCAGAAGGUUUCAGCUGGAACGCAGCCUGCAUACCUUGCUCGAUGUUUAGGGCAAGUACUAGGCGAAAAGGGUAUUGGCAGUGAUCAAUUUGGGUUUCAAGUUUCCACGUGACGUGUAGUAGGCCAUAGACUUUAAAAAGUGUUCUAGGCCAAAUUAGCGUAUUGCAUCUGAAAUGAUUAUCGAAGCUUGUGAAGUGUUUCAACAGAAGACGUUGAACCAUGUUUGUACCUCCAGGCAGAAUAAAACGAUGCAAGGAAAAGCUUCAUCAUCCUCCUUAAUGGAGAAGGGUGGCCUAACUGCAGCUAUGUUUCUUUCUUUUUUUUUUUUUUUUUGUAUUUAGAUGUAUACUGUGAUCUUAAAUCAGAAAGAAACAGUCGUCUUUUCGUUCAACUUCUAUCAUGGAUGUUGAUUGUGUCUACGAUCUGGAAAAUUUUAUUGGUGAUUUUCAGGUAAGUGGGAGUGAGGGUUCGAAUUUGGGUAUCACACAAUUCAAAUAUAUACCUUUUUCAUCUGAAGGGUUGGCAAAAAUCGGCUUCUCACUACUAACAAGGAACAAAGAAAAACAUGACAAUGUCACAACUGAUGUUUUGGUGUCCUCUUCAUUUCCGUGAAACAUCGAGUUAUUUACAUGUUGGAAACCACUCAAGUGUCCAAUUGCAUCUGAUGUUAUGUGGUUCUAGGCAUUUCUACCCAAAAAAGAAAAAGAAAGAAAAAGAAAAGAAAGA